AUGAGUGCCAACAAAAUCUUCCUGCGCUACUAUCCGCCAGGUCUGGCAAUUAACUAUCGAACAACCAAGGGAAAGGAGAGGCUUCGUCACUAUGAUCUUCUUGACCUAGAUAGCAAGACCAACAUAGAACCCCUGGCCGACAGGAUUCUCCUGCAAACUCUAGCAGAGGCUGAAGAGGAGGAACAAUCUUCCACUAACCAAGAGGACGAGGAGAAAUCCCUAAUGCCACCCUGUCCCGCCAGCGGAAGGGUGGAAAAUGCCCAAAACACCUUCAGCGCCUUGAAACAGGCUCUGGAAAAACUGCAAAGAAAACUGCGCGAGCCUGUGAAAAAGAAAUUCUAUCUACACAAAUGCCACAAUUCACACAUCCUGCCGCUGACCAAUGUGUGCUUCGAUCGGAGUGGCGAACGCUGCCUCACUGGGAGCUAUGACCGCACCUGUCAUGUGAUCAACACCCAAGAGGCAGAGGUGGAGCACAUUCUCACAGGACACGACAAUGUGGUCUUCUCUGUGGGCUUCAAUCAACCGCACUGGUGAGUUUACCUGCGAGGAGAACAAAGUGGAAACGAUCUUCAAAUAAUUCCUCUCAUCAUUCACAGCGAUAAAAUCAUAACCGGCUCCUUUGAUGGCACUGCCAAAGUUUGGUCCGCCAGCAGUGGCCAGAACCUGUGCACUUUCUACGGACACACCGCCGAGCUGGUGGCUGCCGAAUUUCAUCCGUUGCACACCAAUGCCAUAGCCACCGCCUCCAUGGACGGAACAGCACGCAUUUACGACGUGGAAACGGCCCAGGAACUGCAGACACUGACCCAUCAUGGAGCCGAGGUAAUAGCUGCCCGAUACAAUCGCGAUGGUCAGAUGCUGCUCACAGGAUCCUUCGAUCACACGGCAGCUAUAUGGGAUGUGAGGAGCAAGAGCCUUGCUCAUCAGUUGCGGGGCCACAGUGCCGAACUCUCGAACUGCGUGUGGAACUUUAGUGGCUCUCUGAUAGCCACUGGCUCCCUGGAUUACACAGCUCGGAUCUGGGACAUACGGAGGUUGGAUCAGGAACUCCAGCUGGCUGCCAAGCACAGUGACGAGGUCCUGGACGUUAGCUUCGAUGCGGCAGGCAGACUCUUGGCCACCUGCAGCAGCGAUUGCACGGCGAGGGUGUGGAACGUUGAAGGAUCCUCGGAGCAGAUGGAGAUGCUCUCCCUGAUGGCUGGCCACACGGAUGAGGUGUCCAAGGUGUGCUUCAGUCCCAGCGGCUGCAUGUUGCUCACUGCAUCGGCGGACAAUACCUCGCGGCUGUGGCUCACGGACACUGGACAGUGCUCGCAGGUCCUGGCCGGGCAUGAGGGCGAGGUCUUUAGCUGCGCCUAUAGCUACACGGGAGAUGCUAUCCUCACCGCUUCCAAGGACAAUACCUGUCGCUUUUGGAGGUGAUACGAUUGGUAUACGGU